UGCUGGCGUUCCCGUCGUCGUCAGACCCGCUCCACCCACCGCUUUUGGGAAUCACAGGGAGGCUCCGGAUAUCCUCAGCAUCCCUAUCCUACAGCAGCUCCUGACUUCACCGAAGCGUACCGCGGUGGACCGUACAAACAGCCGCUUUCUUACGAAGAGGAUAAACCGGGACACAGCGAUCCUCCUCCAGAAUAUGAGAACAAGCAGUUCAUCGGCUCUGGACUCGAUAAUGAAGCCAUCAGAAGACUGUUCAUUCAGAAGGUGUUUUCGGUCUUGAGUCUUCAGCUGGCAGUGACCUGCGGCUUCGUGGCCGUCUUCACCUUCGAGCCUCACGUCAAGCUGUUCGUGAUGCAGAAUGCCUGGACUUACUGGGUCGGCUAUGUUGUCUUCCUAGUGCCCUACGUAGUGAUCCUGUGCUGCGGAGAGUUUCGCAGGACGCAUCCGUGGAACCUCGUUUCUCUGAGUAUCCUGACGCUAGCGAUGUCUUAUAUGGUGGGCGUGAUCUCCAGCUUCUACGACACUGAUAUCAUGAUGAUGGCCAUCGGCAUCACUGUGCUGGUCUGCUUUACAGUCAUCGUCUUCUCUCUGCAGACCAGAUAUGACUUCACUUCCUGUUACGGCGUGCUGUUCGUCUGCUUCAUCGUCGUGCUGUUCUUCGGGAUCCUGUGCAUCUUCCUGUACAACAGGAUCCUGGACCUCAUCUACGCGUCGCUGGGAGCGCUGAUCUUCACCUGCUUCUUGGCCGUGGACGCGCAGCUGCUUCUCGGGAACAAGACUCUGUCCCUGAGUCCCGAGGAACAUGUCUUCGCCGCGCUCAACCUGUACCUGGACAUCAUUCAGAUCUUUUUAUACAUUUUGCGAAUCUUUGGAAAAAGCCGUGGCUAAACGUCCACCACGCGACCAAUUAAAGAUGAAGAGUGGUGUUUCCUUCUGUGUUAAAGGGUUAGUUCACCCAAAAAUGA